AUGGUCGCCACGCCGGAGGAGUUCCUGGGGCAGCGGGACCCCGAGCCUGAGCCGUUCUCCCCCUCCGUCUUCCUCGACCUUCCCCCGACGCCAAGCGAAGAGGACCCGGCGGUCUCCACGGACGACCUCGCGCUAACCUUCAUCUCGCGCAUCCUCAUGGAGGAGGACAUCGACGAAAAGUUCUUGUACCACUACCCCGACCACCCAGCGCUCCUCCAGGCCCAGCAGCCAUUCGCCCAGAUCCUCUCCGAUGCAGGCGCAGCCUCCGUUUCUUUCGCCACCAACAGCGAUGGAAGCGGCGCCUGCACCCUUCCGCCAUCCUCCGACGUCCCGGCGUUCGCCAACACCACCUGGCCCUACGAUCCGGCCGAGUUCCCCCGGCUGCUCCUGUCCUCGCCAUGCCCAGACAUUGGAGCGGGAAUCAACGACUUCACUCCAGAUGAUGCCAACCAAUUCUUGUUGCCCCAACAAGACACCGCCAGCGCGAGAUUCCAUCAGAGUGCGGACGAAACCAACGCGUUCCAGAAUUGCGGCGGCGCCAGCAUCCAGUGUUCGGAGUUGUUGGCUGACCCCGAGGAGGAGACGACUGCCUCGACCACCUCGUCUCGAACAGGAGACAGGGAACAUGGUGCGCUAGUCUCGACCUUCUUCAGUGACCAGAACAGGGUAAACAUGGACAUGCUCAACCAGGCGUUCCUCAGGGGCAUGAAGGAGGCCAAAAAAUUCUUGCCCAUUGACAGCAGCCUUCUCGUCGAGGCUCGAGGCUGCAAGCUACCACAAGUCUUUGUCCCAGGCCAUGCGAGGAAUGAAGACAGGGUGGACAGAAUGUUAACAUUCCAAGGAAUCAGUAAUGGCCGGGGCCGCAAGAACCGGUGUAAUUGGCAGGAUUUGGAGAAUGCAGAGAUGAGCAGGAACAGCAAGCUGAUGGUGCUGGAGCUGGAGGAAACAGAUGAGAUAAUUGAUGAAAUAAUUCUCAAUGAGUAUCGCUUGUGCCUCAAUGGAAUGCUGGGUCUGGACAUCACUAUGGAUAGCAAGGAUGGGAAGUUCGUGAGGAAGGGCAAUUGGAAGUCUGCACUGCGAAGGCAGAGCUUGAACGAGGCAGUGGACUUCCACACAUUGCUUAUCCACUGUGCACAGGCCAUUUCGAUGGACGAUCGUUGGAGUGCGGCCAUGCUACUUAAGCAGAUCAAGCAGCAUUCGUCACCGAGGGGAGAUGCCAGUCAAAGGUUGGCACAUUGUUUUGCAGAUGGAUUAGAGGCACGACUGGCAGGCACAGGAAGCCAGGUUUACAAGUCAAUCAUGUCGAAGCGAACCUCGCAAGUGGAUAUCCUUAAAGCCUAUCAGCUAUACUUAACUGUUUGCUGCUUCAAGAUGAUGGCGUACAAGUUCUCCAAUAUGACCAUUGCCAAUGUUAUUGCAGGGAGGACAAAACUUCACAUUGUAGACUAUGGCAUGCGUGAGGGGAUUCAGUGGCCAAGCUUCCUUGGCAUUUUGUCUACUUGGGAGGGUGGACCACCAGAGGUGAGGAUCACCGGCAUUGACCUUCCCCAGCCUGGAUUCCGCCCAGCUGCUCAUAUUGAAGAGAUCGGACGCCGGCUCAGCAAAUGUGCCCAACAGUUUGGCAUACCAUUCAAGUUCCAAAGCAUUGCGGCAAAGUGGGAGAUGGUUUCUGUUGAUGACCUGCACAUUGACCCUGAUGAGGCACUCGUCAUCAAUAGUCUAUUUGAUUUUGGGAACUUGAUGGAUGAGGGUGUUGACAUAUAUAGCCCAAGCCCUAGGGAUAUGGUCCUCAAUAACAUCCGGAAGAUGCGACCAGAUGUGUUUAUCUUUUGUAAUAUCAAUGGCUCCCAUGGGACGCCAUUCUUCGUAACACGGUUCCGAGAGGUACUGUUCUUUUUCUCUGCACUGUUUGACAUGCUUGAUGUUACAGUCCCACGGGACAACGACCAACGCUUGCUGAUUGAACGGGACCUCUUUGGAAGGUUUGCCAUGAAUGUCAUUGCCUGUGAGGGCUCCGAUAGGGUUGAGCGCCACGAGACAUACAAGCAAUGGCAAGUGCGGAACCACCAGGCAGGGCUGAGACAGCUGCCUUUGGAUCCAGAUAUUGUUAACGUUGUGAGGAAUAAGGUCAAGGAAAGCUACCACAAGGGCUUUGUCAUUGAUGUGGAUCACCAGUGGCUCCUGGAAGGGUGGAAGGGGCGCAUAAUAUGUGCCAUGUCGACGUGGGUUACAGAUGAUGCUUUCUCGGAACAUUAG